GAUGACAAGACAGACUUUCAAUUUAUUACCAAUCUUUUUUAUAUUCUUUAUAUUUUAUCUUAUUUAUGAAUCUGAGAGUGCCAUCGGCGGCAUUUGUGGAAACCGACCUUUAUUUAAUAAGGGCUCCCGGAUUGUUGGAGGACAAAAUUCCCCACCUGGGAAGUGGCCAUGGAUGGUGAGCAUACAGAGCCCCACUGGGAAAGAAUUCUCACAUCUUUGCGGAGGAAGCGUCUUGAAUGAAAUUUGGGUUCUGACAGCAGCGCAUUGUUUUAAGCAUCUGGAAAGGAAGGAAGAAACUAAAUCUUGGAGGCUCGUAUUUGGAGCAAACAACUUAAAAGUUCUAGAAUCAUCAGUGCAAAUCCGAAAAAUAAAAGAAGUCGUACAGCCCAAAGCCUAUAAUCCAACGACUGAGGCAAAUGACAUUACUCUGUUGCGGUUAGACAAGCCUAUUGUGUUUACAGACUAUGUACAACCGGCUUGUUUCCCAACAGAGUUUGCUAAUGUCGAGAAGAAGACCGACUGUUACAUUGCAGGAUGGGGAGUUCUGGAUGAAGAAUCUGGAGAACCAUCAGAAAUUUUGCAAGAGGCCCGUGUGCAUCAAAUAGAUUCCAAAAAAUGUAACUCCAAAGACUGGUAUGAUGGCUCCAUAGGGGAAUACAACCUAUGUGCAGGCCAUGAGAAAGGAGGCAUCGACAGCUGCCAGGGAGACAGCGGAGGACCUUUGAUGUGCAAAACGCAGAAAUCAAGAACCUACGCUGUAGUUGGAAUCACAAGCUGGGGAUCAGGCUGUGCAAGAGGCAAAAAGCCAGGUGUUUACACUUCCACCAAAUACUUUAUUAAGUGGAUCGCUAGCAAAGUUGAGACAGAUGAGAAACCGAAAAUCAGGAAGAAACGAUCUUUGUUGAAAAACAUCAUUCUUCCCAAUGGACAACUUCCUGAUGCUGAGAUUGAAGAGCUAACCCAGACCCAAACCCAAGGAACUGAAACAAAUCCUGUGCGACCAACUGCACAAAUACAAGAGUUUCAGUAUGGCAGAGAAAAAGGGACGCAAGUUCAGUCUGGACCAAUAGAAGGAAAGCUUAAACCAGAAAUAGCAGUGCAAGUACCAACAGAAAACAUUCUGAAAAGAAUUAUGAGUUGGUUACUUACGGACAUGCGAUAGACACUAAAUAGAUGUUAUAGUGUGAGCGCCCUUUUCCAAACCGUCAGUCUCUGCCCAAUAUUUUCUACGAACUAUACACAGUAGAGCCGCAAUUUUACAUCAGCGGAUUUUAUGUUUUCUGGGAUUCAUGCCGUAUUUAUGAGGUCCCAUACAGGCAAUCUGCUUUCGUUCAUGCCUGUAUUUUACGUUUCCCCGGAAUUUACGGCAUUUCGUUGCAGUCCCCAUGCAGACAUAAACUCUGGGUUCUACUGUGCUGGACCCCUAGAUAGGAUAGGAAGAAUUUCUAUGGUGUGCAAAUGGUGUGCACCGUAUGGACUAUUUUAUAUAAUAUUUAUAUUAUUUUCAUAUAUAUUUUUAUAUUAAAUUUGUAUAGAAAUAUAUUUUUAUAUAUAUAUUAAUAUAAUAUACAUUGUAUUUUUGUAAAAAAAUAAAUACAUUUGUAAUAAAAUGCAAACCCUAA